UAUACCCUCGCCCCAAAAAGUCCCAACAGUUUAUCUCUCACCGGCUGAUUUGCUCAUUCUGCUAUGGAUGUCCUGGACGAUGCUGCUGUGGAACUCGAAAACUUCCAAAGGGGAAGAGAGAGGGACACUAUUCCUUCCGGAUGUCAGUCAUAUGGCGUUGUCUGCUGUCAUUUCGUGUUGUGAUGGUCUUGAUGGAGUAGACUUCUGGGACUGUGAUUUAGCUGGUUUAGAAGUUCAGCUUCCUGCUGGGAAGUUCCUUGCUUGGGCAUUGGCGACUGCUCCAAGUAUAACAGAUUGCUUGACUCAGUUCAUCAACUUGAGGUUGCAGAAUUAUUGCUCUUCAGGGGUGAGAGAGUAAUGUUUUUGAUGUUUUGUGUUUUCCUCUUGUAAUGUUCAGGGCCCUGAAUCACGAUUUUCUUGAUGAACUGGCAGGAUGAGUCUGCACCAGAUACCUCGACCUCUGGAGGGUCUGUAUCAUCGAGUGGGCGUGGUACUUAUCUCUUGACAUGUGGCCGUGCAUGGGGAAUUUCUCUCUCUCGCUCAAGGGUGCAAUUGGUGUAGAAAUUCUGAAACCAUGCUUCGCUAGUGAUGGUGAUCAAUCAGUUGAACACGUUGUCUAUCGGUUUGUUUUCCUACACUUCUAGUGAUAAAUUUAUGUACGCAGACCAUUUUCAAACUGAAAUUCCAUUGUUAAGUUUAGAAAGGAAUUCUAGAUUGACCUCCAUUCAUUCUACCAUGUAGGUCAUCUGUUCAUGGCAGGGGAUUGAAUAGAUUCUGGUCUAACGUUGAAGGUUAUCAUGGUCCAUUACUUAUCGACUUAUCGUGGUGUCUGCUACCUCUGGAGAUACUCAAAACGAUAACUCAACUGCAAAGAAGUGGACUAUAGGUGCUCUUACACAGCUAGGGUUGGAGAACAACGAGAAUCUUUAUGGAACCUCUGCAACCUUAUACGCUAUGUGUCCUGUUUUCCAUGUAUUCCCACCUUCUGGAAAGGAGAAGAACUUUGUUUACAGCCACCUGCAUCCUGCUAGGGGAUAUGAUCCACACCCGAAGCCUGUUGGAAUCGGGUUUGGUGGAUCGACGGGGAACGAAAGGCUAUUUAUCGACGAAGACUUUGCUAAGGUUACUGUUCGUCACCACGCAGUUGACAAUACUUACCAACAUGGUCCCUUCUUCCCCAAUCAGGGUUUUCUCCCAGUUGAGGCAUUGAUUUCAGAAGUGGAGGUCUGGGGACUUGGUGGGGAGGCAGCAAGGUCUGUUCAAACUUCCUACAAGCAAGGAGGUCGAUCUGAAGACUUUCUCAAACUGGGAAGAUUCGCCGGAGAAGAUGAUGAUGGAUAUGAUGGGUGACCCAAACAGUGUUCGACGAGAAGACCGCUGAAAAUUGUCCGUCGUUACCUUUCAUGAUAGAUGAAGGGUUAGAGCAGCAAGUGAGGAAGAUGCAUCUUGUCCAGAUUUUGUGUUUGUUUAUACAGAAUGGUGCCAAGAGAUCAUGUUGUUCCGCUUAUGAGUUGUUUGGUUGUACAUAAUGGUGUGAUUAGAAGUUUGUCCUCAAACUUACAUAGUGUUCCCGACUUAGCCAGUUAGCCUCACUCGACUGUAAUAAUAAGAAAUAAAGCCUCGAUCU